ACAGAUAUAACAAAAGCGUGACAUUUUAAAAUUUGUGACAGUUUACCGCUAACGUUACCAAAACAACUCUAAAGCAAUAAAUAAUUAACCUCAAUUUAAUUUACUAUCGAACAACCUGUUCCUCGUAAAUAAAUAAACAAAUAUGUCUUCAUACAAACCUAUUGACUCUAAAAGGGAGGAAUUUAGACGUUACCUAGAGCGGGCUGGAGUAAUGGACGCCCUUACGAAGGUCCUUGUAAGUCUUUAUGAAGAACCGGACAAACCAGAAGAUGCCUUAGAAUAUGUUCGUAAGCAUUUAGGAACUGACGGCGGUGAGGAUGAGCUAGAAGCAGCACGAGCACGUAUAGCAGAAUUGGAAGCAGAAAAUGCACUCUUAAAAGGAGAAACUGCUCCUACUGAAGGAUAAAAUCUCAACUUUAUUUAACAUUAUUUGAUUGAUCUCAAUGUGAUAUGAUCUCCUAUAUUACUUUAUUUAAAAAGGAAAUCAUUUGUUGAUUUGUUACUAGAGCAGAGUAAUUAUUUUUUGUUAUAUUAUCAUUUAAGGAUUUUUAAGUUGGUACAGUUUUAAUUUUUAUUAGGUUAAUAAAAUUCAUUAACUAUG